AUGUUUAAUAAUCAGAAUAAAUUAUAUACAAAUAUAUGUUUUGUUGCUAAAAUGAAGCCUUUGAUGUGGAUUUUCUUAUUUCUUUUAAAAGGAGACUUGGUGGGCUCAAGGCAUAAAAAAUGGGCUCCAUCCAUCACUAAGAGUACUUUUAAGUUCAGGAACAAAGCUGGCGAGAAGGAUUUUGCUCCGAAAUUCCUCGAAAUAAACUGUUAA